AUGGGCAUUCACCUGCUCACGCAGGUACGCGUAACUCCUCCUCCUGUCUCCCUCUCCAUUCCGCCCUUGCCCAGCCCCUCCCCCUCCCCCGCGAGGAGUAUGAAUUCAGCCUCCCAAAGCCGCCUUGAGCACAUCGUUCAUUCACACGGUGGACUUCAAAUCUGUGACAUGCUGAAUCCCUCACUAUUUUCGACUGAUCCUUCACCUGAACAGGCGUCAGGAGCAGCUCAGUCCCAACCUACUGACUAUUCCAUGAAUUCCACCAACAGUGAUAUUGGCCAUCCAAAUCUGUUUCGACAGAUUCCCUGGUUUAGUGAUGCCUACCCCCGUCCAACACCUCCGAGUCCAACAUUGUCUGAAUCCUCCUACCACGUCAAAAGACCUAUGAACGCGUUCAUGGUAUGGUCAAGAGGUCAGCGACGCAAAAUGGCUCAUGCAAAUCCGAAGAUGCACAACUCGGAGAUCAGCAAACGUCUGGGAGUGGAGUGGAAGCAUUUAUCGGAGGCAGAGAAGCGACCUUUUAUUGAUGAAGCCAAACGACUCAGAGCCAACCAUAUGAAGGAACACCCCGACUACAAGUACCGACCACGACGCAAAACCAAAGCUGCCAUGAUGAUGGCGAUGAGCAAUGCAAGGGACCGUCUCCAUGGUGGAUUUCAUCCUCACACCCUUUUACCAGGUUUUCCAACGUUCGGAGGCCUCUACUCAAACAGUUUUAUAAAUCCAUUUACACCCGUUCUACCCAUUGUGCCACCACCACCACCACCACCAACGGCACCAUCAACAACUCUUUCCACUACUCCUGAUCAAAUGGUGCUCAAUUUGAUGCGCACAACAUCGGCAAGCCUGACAGACACUCCUAUUAACCUCCUUAAUGGUAAAAGUCUUGAUGAGAAUGCACUAAAGGCGGUUUCAUCACCAGCACCGUCUGUAUCACUACCCCCGACGCAACUCUCGCCAUCCUUUAUCUCUUCCAUUUCCGCUUCCUCUCUGUCCUCCAACAGCUCGACCAAUUCAUCCUCGCCUUCUUCGUCAGCUUUAGCUUUUAGUGCGGAUUCGCUUAUUCAACCAUCGCCAUCGAAACAGCCCACUCCCUCUGUGCCUUCGGGAGUAGACUUCUUAAAACCACUUUACCCCUCACUGCAUGCCAACGUGGAGAGCAAUGUUGACAUGGACGAGGCGAAGAUGUUGUGGUUCAAGUACUUGGCGGCAGCAGCUGCCGUGUUUUCAAACCUUCGAGGUGAUAGUGGUGGUCAAGAGGAAGCUAUCGCUCUACAGAAGCUGGAGAAGCAAAGGGAGGAUGCGUUGAACAUGAAUGAUGGAGUGGAGAGUGAUAAUAGAGGAGGUGACGUUCAAGUUUCUAGAGAUCCAUAA